GCCUCGCCCCCCGCGGCGCCGGAAGUAGAACCGCAUUCCCGGCGCUCCCCGCGCCAAGAUGCCUGACAGAAGCUUCCGGUGGGGAGGCGAGAGGCUCCGGUGUGGCGGGCGCGAGGCGUGACGGUCGCGGGGGGCCCGCGGAGCGACGCGCCGCCGUGGAUGAGAGUCUCGUUGGGAAGGAGGAGAUCCCCGAGCCCGGCUGGGAGCCAUGGCCGCGGUGGUGGCCAAGCGGGAGGGGCCGCAGUUCAUCAGCGAAGCGGCGGUGCGCGGGAACGCCGCCAUCCUGGACUAUUGCAGGACGUCGGUGUCGGCCCUGUCGGGCGCCACGGCGGGGAUCCUCGGCCUGACCGGCCUCCACGGCUUCAUCUUCUACUUCCUGGCUUCCGUCCUCCUCUCCGUGCUCUUGGUGUUAAAAGCCGGACGGCGGUGGAAUAAGUACUUUAAAUCCCGAAGGCCGCUUUUCACGGGGGGGCUUAUAGGAGGGCUCUUCACAUACGUCCUGUUCUGGACUUUCCUGUACGGCAUGGUUCACGUCUACUAAAACAACUAGGAGCCGCGUUAGCUGCCGUGCUUUUUAACGAAGCAGGAGGACUGUUGCCAAAAGUCAUCUACACAACUAGGCCAGCUUAUCUUUUAAACUGUUGUUCGUUGCCUGUAUUGUUCAUACUGUCAGUAACUUAUGCCUGAGUACAAAUGAAGCAGUAGUACUGUUCUAAUUAAACUGAAUGUGAAACACCA